ACUAAGUUUUCUGUUUCUCCAUUCUUUUCUUUGGAAACGAUACCACUUAAAAAAUUAAGCAUUGUCCAUUCGAGUAAAUCUCAAGAUAAGGGAAAAGGAAAUGUUAGGACAAUAGAGCAAGUCAAGCCUUCAACUGAAGGUGGCCAGCAGGUCAAGCCAAAAUUCUUUCCUUUUAUUAAUGUCCCAGUUCCCAGCAGAAAUCAGCAGACACCUUUAAAAAUAAGUGUGGAUAAAAAAACUAUAGUGAAUAUCAGUCCAUAAGUACAAUCAGGGGUAUACAUGAGUACUAAGGAGUGUGAUGACACAAGAAGGAAAGAAGAUCCACCAUUGAUUGUUACUGCAAAGAAAAGCCUUCAAGGACAAAAAUUGUCUCAAACAAACAAUCUCAAUUCAUUGUGUGCCUAAGUCUCCAAAAGUUGAUACUUCACAUGCCAUCUUAAAGAACAAUUAUGAAAAAGAUUUUCCUCCCCUCAGCUGUGUGAAGACACCAACAACUAGUGUUUCAAGCAGCUAUAAGAAGGCCAUGACAGAAUCAAAGGACAUCAAAAAGCAAGAAAGUGUAACAUCGUUAGCCAGUUUGAGUAAUCUCCCCUUGAUUCAUGUUCUCCACAAGUUCUCAGAGAAAGAAAGGGACAACCUUCUUGUCCAUCUUUGUACAAAAACAGAGGAGAUACAAACAAUGGGCCUUCCCAGAAUAGCCGUACAAUCUUAUGCAAAAGCCAAUUGCCAGGAUAGAUCAAAACCCUCAUUUAAGUGCAUCCAUUCUGCCACGAAAGGGCCAAAGCGAACGAACCGAGUUUUAGUACUUUUUGAUGAAAAAUCUUUUUGUGAAAUCGACUGUGAUUUGCAACAUAAAUACCUCCGCUCACUUGCUAACCCUUCUGUCACUGUGGCCUCUAUGCCAAAUGCACUUCCCAAGCACACUUCCAAGAUAAGUAAGGGUUCAGGUUCAAAAUGUAAAAAAGUAGAUGAUCGUGAGGAAAGUAGUACUCUUCCCUUUGAUAAAGAACUUUUACAACAUGUUUCUUUCCCAAAGAUAAAUCCACAAGAAAGCUCAGUAGGCUUCAGAAAAUUCCAAGAGCCAACUAACGUGCCUGCCUUUUACCCUGCUCUACAAGGCACUGAACAAAAUGAUAUUCUCUCAGAUUUGAAAUUACAGAUGACACCAGAAAAAAAUAAAAAAUGUCAUGUAUGGUUUCCAGAAACCAGUGCAUACAAGCAUUCUGUUUUAGGAACACAACAAAAUACUGCUGAUUUACUUUCAUCUUGGAUUUCUGAUGGGAUAAAUGUCCCCCUAAAUACUGAGACUUCAACUGACCCAGUAGAAUAUAAAAUUCCUGAAGAAAGUGACAACGAAGAAUGUGUGUUUAUAGAAACCAAUUUCUACUUAACUCAGAAUUCACAGAAUUUUCUGUCUGAAGUACGUAAAGACAUUCCAUUGACAGAUAUUCACAUAGGUGAUAAAGCAAUUUAUUUGAAACCAUUUUCCCAUGAAGGUCCAAAUGACAGCCAUACAAGAACCCAUAGAAAAUAUAUCUCCCCUGUGGCACAACCUUUCUAUCAGUCUCAAAAUAGCAGGGAAUGUAGAUCAAAACCGAAAAUGCAGCCUCCUAACUGGUUGCUUCACAGUUCAUCCAGUACUGUGGAAAUGGAGUCUACAACGUCUUCCAUAAUGUUCAAUGAAGAAAAGCAUUGGACUAAGACUACAUGGAGCAGAACAAGCUACUCUUUAACCUCUUCAACAACAGAAUCAAGAAAUAAAUUGGGUCUUGCAAAAACCCAUGGUAAGUCUUACACGUAUCCCCAACUCAAGGAUAGACAGAAGGCUAGAUCUGAUUUAAGGAGAAAGUCCGGGAUCUACCAGAACUCACAUUAUACCCACUUACACAGUAAAGAGAAACAGAUAAAGAAGAAGAGACAAACCAGUCAGAUGCCAGAGCUAAAUGCUCAUUGGCAGAACCUCAGAUUCUAUUCAGAAAGAAGAGAAAACCAGCCCUUUUUUUAUGUCUGUGUACCAGCAGAUUCAAUGGAUGUUAUUCCCCAAACCGUUCGCUGGGUUAUUCCCCCAAAAGUUCUACAGAAGAGAAACUUCCAAAUUCCUCAAGUGGUAAAAGUUUCAAAUUCUUGGAAUUUAUGGAGUUCAUCCAAAAAGUUGUUGGAAUCACUUGCAGGGGCCUGUAAAACAGUCCGUUAUGGUUAAUAUCAACUUCAUGUGGAUUCUUCUGAAUUAGAACACUGGUUGCUACUGUGAUGUUCUAUUAAAAUAAAAUAAUAGAA